ACGUUGGCACCUUGGCAUUACACAAGCCCUGUGUUGACGUUAGAUAACAUCACUGUUAUGUAGCAUUAGCUAACUGUGCUAACCCCCAGUGUGGAGCAGGAGUGUGUCGGUGCUGCUGGUGGUGGUUCAAUGGUCUCCUCCUCCAGGCUGCGUCUGGUUUGGCGUCAUUUUGUCAACAGUAGGAUGGGAGAGAUGGCCUCUAAAGCUCAGAUGCCCACCCCGCAGGAAGCGCUCCCCGGCCGGACUGACGCUAUCAAAGUCUCCGCCAAACAUGAUGUGAACGGCAACAGGACUGUUCCGCCGUUUCCCGAGGGGACAGAGAUGGCCAUAUUUGGUAUGGGCUGUUUCUGGGGAGCGGAGAGGAAGUUUUGGAGACAAAAAGGAGUUUAUUCCACCCAAGUGGGCUACGCAGGAGGAUACACACCUAACCCCACCUACAGGGAAGUCUGCACAGGUAAGACAGGCCACACCGAGGUGGUGAGAGUUGUCUACCACCCAGAGAAGAUCAGCUUUGCCAACCUCCUUAAAGUUUUCUGGGAGAGCCACAACCCGACUCAAGGGAUGCGACAGGGGAACGAUGUUGGGACGCCUUACCGCUCAGCCAUCUACGUCGACACAAAGCAGCAGCUCGAGGAAGCUUUGGCCUCCAAGGAUCAAUACCAGAAGGUGCUAACAGAGGAAGGCUUUGGUCCGAUCACGACAGAAAUAGCUGAAGCCAAGCCAUUCUACUAUGCGGAGGAUUACCACCAGCAGUACCUGAGUAAAAACCCUGAUGGAUACUGUGGUCUCGGAGGGACAGGAGUCUCCUGUCCAAUAGGAAUCAAGAAUUAGGCUUAGAUAGCCCAAUGACCGGCAAGAACCAUUGCCAUCAGUAAGGAUGUAGUGUUGGAGUGCUUUUGAAAAUGCUUUCAGAGUCAAAAGGCUUUGUGUUUUAAAGGAGCUCUAUACCAUAUUUGGAGUGCAUCUAUGAUUCAGAGGUUGUCUAAACAUGGCUCUCAACAUGGAGGAAGCCGAGCUUGAGGCUAGAGGCUAACAUUGCUAACAACACAAAUUGUUGCCCUUUUUGCACAGAUAUCACACCAUGGGGCCGCUACGAAUGUUCUUACCUAACAACGGCGCCAUCAUUCCUCUCUAGUGUGUGUUUAUACACUGCAUCCUGGCAUAGCGGAAUCAGAAGAGCCGUGACAUGUAACACAGCAGCGUCAGCAAUGGCAUUAACAUGACAAGAACAAUCAUUUACCGUCCCUGUUACAUGGCAGCUGAUCUCAUCCUGUGCUUGGAGGGAUAGAAGCUCUGGGAUCUCAUCAUUUUCCCAAUGUGCGGAUAUUUACAGCCACUGGUCUUCUUCUUUUACUUAGCUGUAAUCACUGACAGGUACUUGUUAAAUCUCCCCUGGUGGGUUGCAUGCAUAACACGUUAAAAUGUUACGCCCGUGCCGCCCGUGAUCCCGUCCCAUUUCAUUCUCUGCUCAGGAUGCCACUACUCAACUAUAUAGCAGUUAGUUACUGCUAUAUCAAUGUUCUGAAUAUUGUAUAGAGCUCCUUUAAAUGUAAAACUAUUAGGUUUUUCUAUAUUGUAUGCAUAAAGGGGCAUCGGUCUGAUAUUUAUACUAUCUUAACCCUGUGAACCUGAUUAUCUCUCAGAACUACGACCUCAUUUCUCAUGAACCUGACUGCUCCAUCUCUGAAAAGAAACUGUGAUCAAAAUCUGUAGUUCAGUUUGCGCUGAAAGAAUAACAAUAAUGCAGAUUUCUUCCUAAUGUAACUUAGUGACAUGAAGCAUAAACUGCAGUGUAGAUGCAGAUAAAGGCUUAUAGUGAACAUACCAGUGCCUCAAAAUGUAAGCAUGUUACCUGGAUUCAACAAAAUAUGCUCCUCGAUACAUGCAGUACAAUUUCAUAUGUUAGAUAUAUGAAAGUGUUUAGGUUACCUCAUGAAAUCUAGUGGAAAAGUGGUAAACUCCUACACAGUCUCAGCAAAAAAUGUAUUCAUUAAGGAUUAAAUUUGGUGUGUUUGAGUCCACAUUUCUCUAUUUUUUUCUGACAUGAAAUCUUAGGUUUCAUUUUGGUGACUGUUUUGAAUUAUAGCUGCAGGUAAAAAAAACAACAUGUUUUUGAUGCUCAGGUUGCUUUAUAAAUGAUGUUUAUUUGAGUUUAACUUUGAAACUCAUGCAGUUUAUUUUUUAGAAGUUUGUGGAUGAAUAAAAGCUUCUGAAAUCAGGA